AUGUUCACAAAAGAUCCAAUGCCUCCAACAACUCAAUGGACAAGGUAUCGAAUCGGCAAAGUGAAACGCUUUACUUUCUCCGAAUUACUGCCUGAAACCCGGUAUAUUUGCGCAGUAACUGCCGAACACAAUGCUGGAUUGGCUACAAUGUCGAAGACAUUAAGAUUUAGGACUAAAACUAGAGAUUCGUUGGAGAAUCCACAGUUUGAUCAAGAAGAAGACUCUCUCGCUGUUAAUAUGGCUGUUGAACAGGUAGGAUAACAUAGUAAAAUCGAUGUAGCUAAGGGGGGAAUUAAUGGAUUUGGCUGAAUUUUUAAAUUUAGGUUGAUAAUAGAAUGGAUUUUGUUGUGUUAAAAAAUAUUUUAUUUUAGUUUGAUAGUUUUUAAGUAGCGCUAUAUUGUUUUAGGUUUUGGGGUGGAUAAUAUAGCAAAAUAUGUAUAACUUGGUAAAAAAUUAAUGGAUCUGUCUUAAAUUUUUAAUUUGAGCUUAUUUUGUCAUGUUACCUUGGUGUUAUAUAUCGUUACCUUUGGUUUGUUAGUUUUUGAUAAAUUCGAUAUUGUAGUAGGUGAUAGGUGGAUCAACAUAAAAUAGCAGUAGUUUCAAAACAAGCUAAUGGGACUGUAUAAAACUUAAGAAGUAGCUCACAAUAUGACUGCUUUACAAUAACUUAAAAUAUAUUUUAAUUUCAUAUAUUACUUUUUCGAUAAAAACGAUGUUGUAGUAGGCUAUGUAUAUCAAUGUAUACCUAAUUCAGGCCUCUCACUCGCCCACACCUUCCAUGAUGUGGCGUCCUCAACCGUUCUUUGCUCAGAUUCAGAAUGCACUUCAAACCCACUUCCUUUCCUCACCCCUCAGAUUCAAGUUUUUCACCGACACCGGCUCGCGCGACUUCAACUUUAGCGAUCAGGAUGAGUAA